AUGGCCCCAGACAUUCAAUUACUCCAGGCCAGCAUUGACGAAGACGACGAAAGCGAGUUCCGAAUGCUUGUGGACAAAAAAGCCGUCAAAUACAUCACCAUCGCACCCGGCCUAUUCAGCAACGACGACAUGUGUUUCGCGCCCUCUCUCAUAUCUCACCUGCCGCCCUUCCCACCCGGCGGUUGGAACGAGGUGUUUAUAGCCCGCGAUCCAAAAUCCGGACAUGCCUACUUUGAGAGUGUUCGCACCUCACAUCUACCAGGCAUCACUCCCACCUGGCAUGUCACUCAAAUUGAUCACCUGGAGCUCACCAUGGGGGACAAGCUCCGCUCAAAUGUCUACGAGGCGACGUGCCCUCGCUUCCCCUCAACCGUGGUUGCCAAGUUCGCCCGAUUUGCAUGGGAGAUUCCCCAACUGGCAGAGGAAACGAGAGCAUACAGCCUGAUAGAGGGUCAGGGUAUUGGACCUGAAUUCCUCGGCUACUUGACUGAGGAGGGCAGGGUGAUUGGUUUCCUCAUGGAACAUAUAAAGGGGGCUCACCACGCCGAACCAGAUGACUUCCAGGCUUGUCAUCGCGUUCUAUCAAAGUUGCAUAAGCUGGGAUUGAAGCAUGGGGACAUCAACAAGCACAACUUUCUGGUCAGGGAAGGACAAGCGACUCUCAUUGACUUUGAUGUUGUUACGAAGGAAGCUGGACGGGAGGAACUGGAUGCGGAACUUGCAAGUUUGCGGGAUAGUUUGGCUGACGAGUCAGGAAGAGGGGGGAGGAUUGUCGAGGAGAAAUAA